UGCCUUACGCUUUCUUCCCCAGCCGCUAUCCUUCACUUGCCCCACGUAACUUGAGAAAGAAUAUCCCACAACCACCGUUCCACAAUUCUUUUACAAAGCCCAUUACGUACACGUCCGAUCCUAGCUAUUUCCCUUUCUUUAUCACAAAUACCCACCAUCUUACACCAACUUCAUUUCCUUUAUUCCCCUUCCAACAUUUAUGGAGUCCGUCGCCUCCAGUUCUUCCUCUUCCGACCGCCGUCUCCACCCCCACUUCAGGCCUACCCAACCCUUGCAAGAUCGCAUAUUCCGUGCCCUCCAUCACCACCUCCGACUCCUCCACCGAUCCGAAUCUAACUUCUUUAUCUUGGGUGCCACAGGUAAUGUCUACACCGUUACCUUAACCACCACCCCUUCUUGUACUUGCCCUGACCGUAGAUCCCCAUGCAAGCACAUUCUAUUCGUUCUUAUUCGCGUAUUGGGUGUCUCCCUUGAUGAUACUUGUCUCCGGAGGAGAACUCUCCGCCCCUGCAGGAUCAACCGCCUACUUGACACGUCCUCACUGUCUGAUUCAUUAGCGAGUGCCAGCGUCCGUCAGAGGUUCCAUCAGCUUUUCUUUCAGGCAAGGCAAGGUGGGUUGAGGCCUCAGGUGGAGAUUGAAGAAGGAACGAUGUGUCCAAUUUGUCUUGAUGAAAUGGAGAAGGAAGAGAGGGUGGUGGCUUGUGGUACAUGCAAGAAUGUUGUUCAUGAAGACUGCUUGGUUAGGUGGAGAAGAAGUAGGGGAAGGAGGGGAGGUAGCUGUGUGAUAUGUCGAGCCAGGUGGAGGGAUCAGAGCUCUCAGGAGAGGUAUCUGAAUUUGGCAGCCUAUGUCAGCGAGGAUGACACGGCACCAAGUGGAAGUCUCUGUUCUGGCUAAGGAAGAAGAAUUAUAAUUCCUCUAAUAUUGACAGUCACCGACGAUGUGAUUGAGCACUUUAGCCUACACAAUUAUAUCUCAUUCGGUCAAAUUGCUCCCCGUACACUUCUUUCGGUUGCUUUGUUACUUUAUGUGGCUUCAACCAUGAAUAUUUUUUUUUUUUAUAUAAAUUCGAAUUGUGAUUCUGCCGUAAAUAUAGACUUUACAAUCAAAUUAUGUAAAUUAUAUGUCUAAUUUUCUUUCCAUCUUUUUACUAUGAUGGUGUGAUUAUGUGUCGUGUACCUAUUAUAACAUGCUUGAAGCCUCGUUCACUUGGUUGGAUAAAAUUUAACACAGAUGAUACUAGUUAUGGAAACCCAAGAACUGUCGGUGGAGGUGGUGUUUUGCAUGAUCAUCUAGGCCACUGGGGAGGCUUCUUUGCAAAGUUUAGUGUUUGCACCUUAAUGCAAGCGGAAGAUGCUUUAGCAUGUGGUUUGAAUAUGGCAUGGGAGUUGGGUUACCAUAAGACAGUUGCUGAAAUGGACCCUCAAAUCAUUGUGCAGUUAAUCAAUGACAAAGUUAAUCUAUUUUGAAGCUAUUGGGUCUUAUUGCACAGUGCCAU